GUGUUAAUUCUCCAGUGUUUGACCGAUUUUUGAGAGUUGUUGGCGCAUUUUAGUUUAGUUUAGUAAUUUAGGCGAUUAUGUCUAAUGUGGAUCGGCGGGUGAACGGGUUUAUGAACGAAGAGGAGGGUGGAAGUAGAGUUCACUCAUUAGGAGGGGAACAGCACUGUUGUCUGUUAGAGACGGGUCGGCGGUGUUCUCGGCUGGCAGGAAACGCCUCCUACAGUAAAAGAAUUCAGAAAACCGUUGCACAGCGGAAACUCAAGCUUAGUUUGGAUCAGAAUUCUCCGCAUAUCUAUAUAUGCGAGUUUCAUAAAUCGAUGAUUCAGACGGUUAGAGUGAAGAGGAAGAGACGAGAGAGUGAGGAGAGUGGAGAAACUGACACCAACAUGUCGGAUACUCCGGAUGUAGAUCUUUUCCAGCUACAGAUGAACACCCUUAGGCGGUACAAAAAACACUUUAAAGUGACAUCUCGGCCAGGGAUUAACAAGACGCAGCUAGCUGACUCUCUCACGAGGUAAAGUUAUUUUUAUCUCAACAAACUGU